AUGUAUUGGCGUCAAAAGCGACAUCUCACAUCUUCACAUGUAAUUAUUGGACGAGCUGAUUGGAAAACAUCAAAUUAUGUGUCAACAACAAAAUAUAAUGUUUUCACAUUCUUACCUAUAUUUUUAUUCUAUCAAUUCAAAACAUUUGGAAAUUUAUUCUUUCUUAUGAUUUGUAUUGUACAGUUCUUUCCAAGUUUAAAUCCAUACGGUACAAAUACAACGAUUAUACCACUUGUUAUUAUCAUUCUAGCAGCUGCAGCUAAAGAAAUUUUCGAAGAUUUUAGACGUUUAAUGGCAGAUCGUCGUGUUAAUCGACGAUUUGUGCUAAUUUGUAAGGAAGAUGAGAAAACGAAAAAUUGGAAAUGGGAAAGAAUUCAUUGGGCUAAGUUAAAAGUUGGACAAGUUGUGAAAAUUAUGAAAAAUGAAACUAUCCCGGCAGAUAUUGUACUAAUUUCAUCAAGUGAACCAGCUGGUAUGGCAUAUAUUGAAACAAGUAAUUUGGAUGGUGAAACAAAUCUUAAAAUUCGUCAAGCGUUACCAAAAACUGCUGGGAUAAUUGAUGAUAACAAAGUUAUAGCACUAUGUUCAUCAUUAUGGAAGAUGGAAUGUGAUCCGCCGAGUCCAGCAUUAUACGAAUUUCAUGGUGUUAUCAAAAUUAGCAAUUCACUUGAAAUGUUGAGAAAGGAAAGUGAUGAAGAUCUUAAAACAGAUUAUUCCCUUGGAACAAAUCAGCUACUACCACGAGGAUGUAAAUUGCAAAAUACCGAUUGGGUUUAUGGUGUUGCGGUAUAUGUUGGUCGAUGUACAAAGCUUGUGCUGAAUACAAGCGGUACUCGUACUAAAGUAUCAUUGGUGGAACGAAUUACCAAUUGUAUGAUGAUGAUUCAGUUCGGAUUUUUAGUAUUCAUGGCUUUAUUUAAUGCAUGCAUGGGUUCUAAUAGUAUCAGUAGGGUUUAUUAUUAUCUGCCAUAUUUUCAUGAUAAUUUUCAUCGCUUACACAUUUUUCCAACACUUAUCGGCUUAAUAAUAUUUUAUUCUGGUCUAAUACCGAUCAGUUUGAAUAUUACGCUUGAAAUGAUUCAAUUAUUCCAAGCAUAUUUUAUUCAACAAGAUUUAAAUCUUUACGAUGAGAAUACUGAUACAAGAACUGAAGUACGAAGUUCAAAUUUGAAUUCACAACUUGGACAAGUUCGUUAUAUUAUCAGUGAUAAGACGGGUACAUUAACUCAAAAUAAGAUGUGUUUUAAAAUGUGCACCAUUGGUGGUAUACAAUAUGGUUCAAUGAAAACGAAAAAAUUCACUGAUAAAAAAAUUCUCAACGAUUUAACAAAUAAUGCUGCUAAUGCUAAUGAUAUACGUGAAUUUUUAACAUUACUAGCAAUUUGUCAUAUGGUUGUUCCCGAGAAAACUGUAAAUUCGGGAUUACAAAAAUUGAUUUACCAUUCAUCAUCACCAGAUGAGAAAGCAUUGGUUAAAGGUGCAAGAGAUUUGAAAUUUAUCUUCCAUACACGAACACCACAAAGUGUUUUUAUUGAAGCUAUGGGUAAGCAAGAGAAGUAUGAUAUAUUGAAUGUAUUAGAAUUUACCAAUAAUCGAAAACGUAUGGGUGUUAUUGUACGAUGUCCAGAUAAGAAAUUAAGAUUAUAUAUUAAAGGAGCGGAUAGCGUUAUUUUUCCACGAUUAACAUUAAAUUCAAAAAAAUUCCUGAUUAGUCGGACAAUGAAACAUUUGGUGAAUUUUGCAAAUCUUGGUUUACGUACAUUAUGCAUGGCAAUGUGCAUCCUAAAGGAGGAAGAGUAUAAGAAAUGGGAACCUGGUUAUCAUCGGGCAACUGUUGCACUCAAAGGUCGUGAAAAGUUAAUCGAAAUGGAAGCAGAAAAAAUUGAAAAGAAUCUCGAAUUGCUUGGUGCAUCGGCUAUUGAAGAUAAGUUACAGGAGGGAGUAAAGGCAACUAUCAAACAUUUGAUUGAAGGCGGUAUCAUAGUUUGGGUAUUAACAGGUGAUAAAUUGGAAACUGCACAAAGCAUCGGUUAUUCAUGUGGUCUGAUCGAUCCAUUCACGCCUAUUUUGAUACUUGGAGAGAAAAAUGCCGAAAAAACAGCUGAUAAAAUUAAUAUAUUUCUUGAUAAAUUUGCAAACAAAAAUAUUAAGAUUUCAUUAAUUGUUAGUGGCGAGAGUCUUGAUCAUGCUUUGAAGAUGCAAUAUAAAAUGCAAUUUCUUCAUUUGGCUUCAUUAUCCUCAACCUUAAUAUGCUGUCGAUGUUCACCGGCACAAAAAGCUGCUGUUGUAAAAUUACUCAAAAAUUGGUCUGAUGGUACUGUACUAGCAAUUGGUGAUGGUGCUAAUGAUGUAGCAAUGAUACAGGAAGCUGAUAUUGGUGUUGGAAUAAGCGGUGAAGAAGGUUUGCGAGCAUCACUUGCAGCUGAUUACUCAAUAGCACAGUUUCGAUUCUUAGAACGUCUUAUAUUCAUUCAUGGAGCAAUCAAUUAUCAUCGUAUCACGAAAACUAUUUUAUAUUUCUUUUACAAAAAUAUUGUUCAAACUCUGACUAUGUUCUUUUAUGAAUUCCAUACAUUGUUUGCCGAUUCGUCAAUAAUGGAUAAUUGGUCGCUGGUAAUGUUUAAUAUAUUUUUCACUAGUUGGUCACCUUUGGCCAUUGGUAUUUGGGAUCGGUUGCUUCCAUUUAAGGUGAUGAUCGAUUAUCCAGCUCUUUAUCAUUUAUCACAAAGUAGUGAAGGAUUCUCGCUAAAAGCUUAUUUUAUAUGGAUGUUUACUGGUUUGGUGCAUGCAACAGUAAUUUCCAUAAUUGCAUAUCAGAUAUUUGAAAACGAUAUCCUAUGGUACAAUGGUCGUGUGGCAAAUUACUACGUUAUGGGAACUGUCAUUAACAUUGCUGUUGUAGUUGUUGUCAAUUUAAAAGCGAUUAUAGAGACCGAUUCUAUUACCAUUAUGUCUUGGAUAGCACUAUUUGGUUCCAUUAUUAUGCUAUUUAUAUUCUUUUUUUCGUACAGUUUAACAUCACCUGCUAGUCCAAUUAUCAAAGUUGAGCCAGCUAUGGCCGAUACAAUAAUUCAUGUGUUAACUUCACCUAUCGCACUUACAUAUAUUAUAUUUGUCGUACCUGUAUCACUAUCAUUCGAUUUGCUAAUUAAAUUAUUACAACGAUCAUUGUAUCGAACGAUUCGUGAUGAAGUUGUUUCACGAGAAUUUGAUGUAAAACAAUUCAAUGAUCUUUAUUAUCCACUUGUUAAAGUAAAACAAAUUGUUACUAAAGCAUCUGAAUCAGCUCUUAGCCUUGUAAAUAUACAAACUAAACAACGUGGUUAUUCAUUCUCACAAGAUAAAGAACCAGCUGUACCGCAAAGUGAUGUUGUACGAUUGUAUGAUUCUCGAAUGCCAAAAAUAUCCACAAUCUGA